CUAUUUCAUACUGUAACUAUAGCAAACAGGCAGCACACCGCAAUCGCUUGCAACGGGAAGCAAACGUAAUUUUUUUAUAAUACACACAUUCACAAUCUACACACAUAUAUACUGGCGUACUGGCGUUAAGUACAGUGAAUUUUGAAUUUGUGUUUUGUGUUCGUGUGUGCAUAUAUUGGCAAAUAUAAAUUAGAACAACAAUAAAGAGCAUAAGAAAAACACGUACGCACGUCACGCGGACGACGACGAUAACGCACGAAAACAAAAAAAAAAACAUAUAUAGAAAAGAAGACACCGCAGCAAGAGCGUAAAUUUCAAAGUUGUUAACAAGAAAGCUAAAGCUUUACAAAAACAAGAAAAACCAUGUCAGCCGCCGAAGUGGAGACACAGCCGCAGCAGGAGACGACGAACGGCACCGUUAAAUAUGAUGUGCCCGAGAUCGAAUUGAUCAUUAAGGCCUCGACCAUUGAUGGACGCCGCAAGGGCGCCUGCCUAUUCUGUCAGGAGUACUUUAUGGAUCUGUAUCUGCUGGCCGAGCUGAAGACAAUUAGCUUGAAGGUGACCACAGUGGACAUGCAGAAGCCGCCACCAGACUUCCGCACCAACUUUGAGGCGACGCAUCCGCCCAUUCUGAUUGACAACGGCUUGGCCAUAUUGGAGAACGAGAAGAUCGAACGGCACAUCAUGAAGCAUAUACCCGGUGGCUACAAUCUGUUCGUGCAGGACAAGGAGGUGGCCACGCUGAUCGAGAACCUGUACGUGAAGUUGAAGCUGAUGCUCGUCAAGAAGGAUGAGGCCAAGAACAAUGCGCUGCUCACCCAUCUCAGGAAGAUCAAUGAUCAUUUGGCCAAUCGCAAUACUCGCUUCCUAACGGGCGAUACCAUGUGCUGCUUUGACUGCGAGCUGAUGCCGCGCCUGCAGCACAUUCGCGUUGCUGGCAAAUACUUUGUUGACUUUGAGAUACCGACGCACUUGACGGCGCUGUGGCGCUACAUGUACCACAUGUAUCAGCUGGACGCCUUCACACAGUCGUGCCCAGCUGAUCAGGACAUUAUCAAUCACUAUAAGCUGCAACAGAGUCUCAAAAUGAAGAAGCACGAGGAGCUGGAGACGCCAACGUUUACCACAUCCAUUCCAAUUGAUAUUUCGGAGUAAAGUUUUAUAAAGCCAUGCACAGUUAUUAUUAUUUUAAACUUUUUUUUUGACAACUUUACAACUACGUCUACUAUAUAUCAGCUACUUUAUAUAAAGAACAACAUCUGAAUGACAACUAUACGAAAAA